AUGUCGUCUGAUAAACUAAGGAAGGAACUUCGUGAAAAAGCAAAAAAGAUUUCAGAAAAUCAACAGAAAGUCAAUGAUGCACAAGCAAUUAUUGAUUUCAUGCCUUCCAUUCCAAAACUUCUCACCUUCGACCCAGAAGGACUUAAUUUAACAUUAACAUCACACAACAAAUUGCCAGAAGAUAUAUCUGAAUGGGCCAUUAAUUUAACAAUUAAAAAUAUGAGCGAAAUUUAUCAGAAGUCAUGGCAAUGGGACGAAGAAACAAAACAAGAGGAAAUAUUAAACAGAAAUGCUAGGUACCUUGUUGCAUAUAAAGGAGACGACGAUCCUGUAGGUUACAUCCAUUUCCGUUUCGAACAAUUAGACGGCGAUUUUGUCAUUUAUAUUUACGAUGUUCAAACAGAACAAUCAGUGAGAAACUCUGGAUUGUCGAAAUUCUUGAUUCAAGCCGUUGAAUUGAUCGGUUUGAAAAUUGGUGUUCAAGCAUGCGUUACAUUCGUUUUCAAAGAAGAUAAAGAAUACAUGGCAAUAUUAAAUGGACUGAAUUAUCAAUUUCACCAUACAUCUCCUUCAGUUUAUUGCCCAGAUAAACCCGAAAAAUAUAAACAUGAGAUAUUGUUUAAGCCAUUGACAAAAACAAAUUAG